AUGAGGCCGAUUUUGAUGAAAGCCCACGAGAGGCCACUGACGUUUCUAAGGUACAACCGGGAGGGAGAUCUGCUCUUCUCCUGCGCCAAGGACCACACACCCAACGUUUGGUUUGCCGACAACGGAGAGAGGCUCGGUUUGGUUGAUAAGACAUAUCUUAUAUGCCUUUGUUCGGGAAGGAAGUUAGAGUUUGUCCGUGUUGAGACGCCAAUUUUAACAGAUUUUUCUUCUUUUCUUACCUUGGACGUGGAGCUGAUAGCUCUUAAUCUGAUGAUUCUAGGGGAUUCUAUGCGGUUAAUCACGGCGAGCACGGAUCAGACCGUGAAGCUAUGGAAUGUGCAGGAUGGAGAUCAUCUUUAUUCUUUUGAUUUUGACUCUCCAGCUAAAUCUGUGGACUUCUCAGUGAUCCGUGUAUGCGAUACUGAGGUAUACAAAGAAAUUGGUCAUCAGAAAACGAUUACCUCCCUAUCAAAAUCUGCAUAUGGCUCUCAUUUUCUAACAGGUUCAUCAGAUAAGUCUGCCAAGCUCUGGGAUGCAAGAACUUUGACUCUUCUCAAGACGUAUGUGACAGAAUGUCCAGUGAAUGCUUGUGCAAUAUCUCCACUUCUUGAUCAUGUGGUUAUUGGAGGAGGCCAAGAAGCAGUACAUGUCACUACCACUGACCGCAGUGCAGGAAAAUUUGAGGCGAAAUUCUUUCACAAGAAUCUUCAAGAAGAAAUUGGUGGCGUGAAAGGACACUUUGGACCAAUAAAUGCUCUGGCUUUCAACCCUGAUGGGAGAAGAAAUCGAAUCGGCGUCGUUAAACAAUACUGA